CAAGAGAUAGUGAAAGUGAAACAGGAUGUGAUCUUAACCAACUCUCUGAAUACUAAUAUAGACAUUUUAUUAACAAACUCCUGCAAACACGUCUCUUAAAACCAAGCGGGAAACACACUUACCCAUCCCAGAAGUAUCAAUGUGGCUUUGUGGAGAUUUUUUGACUCUGCUGAUUGUCAGUGGAAUUGCUGAUUCGAUGUCAGAGCGGUAUGAAGUAGUGGGACCUGCAGAUCCUGUACUUGCCGUAGCUGGUGAAGACGUGAUUCUUCCCUGUUCGGUCAAAUCCAACAUCAGUGUUGUGGACUUGAGAGUGGAGUGGUUUAGACUUGAUCUGAAAGACUCACAGCUAGUGCAUCUCUAUGAGGAUCACGAGGACAGAAACACAGAUCAGAUCGAGUCCUACAGAGGAAGAACACGACUUAAUCAUCAAGAACUACACAGAGGAGCUGCAUCACUCAAACUCUCAUCGGUCCGAGUCUCUGAUGAAGGACUUUAUAAGUGUUUUAUUCAGUCCAGAUCCUGGUAUGAUGACGCCACUGUUAAGGUCACAGUUGAAGCUGUAGGACGUCCUCCGGUGAUCACAGUACAUGGGUUCGAUUACUCAGGAGGAUUUCGUCUAGAGUGUGAAUCUAAAGACUGGUAUCCUGAACCUGAUCUCGAGUGGCUGGAUGCUAAAGGAGUCAGACUGAGUCCAGAAACUACACAGAGACACAGAAGCACUGACAGAUUCGGUGUGAAGUUCACGCUCAUUGUACAUCCCAGAGACAGCCAGAUUCACUGCAGAGUCAAAACAAGACGUCACUCGCUGGAGACACUCAUUAUCAUCCCAAGUAAAAUGUUUCAUUCUUGGAGGACAUCGGUCAGCCUGCUUUCAUUUGUAGUUGUGCUCGGUGUGACUGAUGUAAUACUGAUAGCUGUGUGUGUCCAUAAAAACAGAGCACACAAUCGAAUGGAGAAGGAGAAAAGAAGACUACAACAGGCACACAAUAUACUACAUCAUGAAAAAAGUCAUCUACACUACGAGAAGACAAGACUACAAUACGAAAGUGAUCAACUUUUACGAAGUCUGCAAGCAGUUACACCAACAGCUCUCACACAGUUAAAGACACACUCGAUGGACGUGAUUCUGGAUGCUGAUACGGCUCACCCACGUCUCAUCGUGUCCGAUGAUGGGAAACAAGCGAGGGAAGGAAAGAAGCGACCGGAAGCAGCGGUUGGAGAAAAAGAGCGAUUUAAAGAUUUCCGUGCUGUUCUUGGGAAGGAAGGCUUCUCCUCGGGGAGCUUUUACUUCCAGGUGCAGGUGAAGGAUCAAACUAAGUGGUAUGUAGGAGUCUCUGGAGAAUCUGUUAUCAGCAAGGGCUCGACCCGGCUCUGUUCUCUGAACGGAUUCUGGACCGUGAGUCUGUAUGAUGGCACGUAUCGGGCUCGUGAAUCUUCAUAUGUGCUUCUUUCUCUGAGAGGACAUCCUCCGAGGAUCGGUGUGUUUGUGGAUUAUGAAGAGGGUCUCAUCUCUUUUUAUGAUGUGGAGUCCUCGUCUCAUAUCUACUCUUUCACUGAUCAGUGUUUUAAUGAGAAACUCUAUCCGUUUGUUUGUUUGGGGCGUUACAGGAAUGAAAACUCUACACCGUUGAUCAUCUGUGAUGAUUACUAAUCAGAUCAGUGAUGAAAGGUCAAUAAAAUGCACAAAAUGUUUUUUUGUUUGCCAUAUUCUUUAGGAACUUAUUUCAAGUCUUACAAAUGACUAAAAUUUAGUGAUUUUAGAUUUAAGUAGCACCAAUAGCGUAAUGAAUUUGUGGUAAAAUAUUAAUAUUUAGUAUUGUUCAUCAUUUUG